UUCAGGGUUACAAGAUGACAAUAGCAUCUAUCAAGUCCAUCCUCAGCCAGGCAGGACGUUGAAAGUAUGCGUGACCACUGAGCCGGACCUUGGAGAUUGAAUGAGCAUGUUUGGCACGGUAGAACACGGCGGCCUGGACAUUAUGUGUCUGAACAAGUACUGCCGCAGCUCCUCCUCGUCGUCCAGCUCCGAGCAGGAAAAGAAGAUUUUCGACAAACUGAAUAUGACGUGGGCGGCAGAGUAUCCGCGGAAGAACGCGAAGAUCCUGAGCGGUCAGUACGGGGUCAACGUGCUGCUGAUCGGGGCGGCGCUGAUGCUGGCCGUCGCGCACCACGGACCGUCUGUCAAAGAGGAGCACCUCCUGUCCUUCGUUUCCUGCCUCAUGGUCCUGCAGCUGAUCUGGGUGAUGUGGUACAUCCUGGUGCGGGACGGGCGGCGAAACACGCAGACUGAGAAAGAUGUGCACGUUACCACGUGCUGGAUCAGAGGUGGUUUGACGCUCCUUGCGCUGGUUUCGCUCGUCAUGGACGCCUUCCGAAUCGGGUAUUAUGUUGGAUAUCAGUCUUGUGUAUCAGCUGUGCUCGGGGUAUAUCCUGUCGUCCAUGCCACUCACACCAUUGCGCAGGUGCAUUUUCUCUGGUUUCACAUCAAGGAUGUAAUAAAAACCUUUGAAACAUUUGAGAGAUUUGGUGUAAUCCACGCCGUGUUUACCAACCUGCUCUUGUGGUGCCAUGGUGUGAUGUCAGAAGCGGAGCACUUCUUGAACAACCAUAAGAGGAGACUCUCUGCCCUGGGUUAUGGAAACCUCACCAUAGUCCAUUCAGAGCCUCACUGUAACUGCACCACCAGCACAUGCUCCAUGUUCUCCAGCAGCCUCUACUAUCUCUAUCCCUUCAAUAUUGAAUACCAUAUCUUCGUAUCUGCCAUGCUCUUUGUCAUGUGGAAGAACAUUGGACGGACCAUUGACUUUUCUUCUAACCAGAAAAGGCUUAUGAGAAAAAACCAAGGCUUGAAUGUAGGCCCAAUUCUGGGUCUAGUUGCCUUGGCCAGCACAAUCGGGGUGCUGGUGGUCUACAUCACCCAUUUGGAGGAGUCCAUUCAAACACGACAGUCAGCCAUUUCCAUGUUCUACUGUUACGGCAUUGUCAUGCUGGUGUUCAUGUGCUCUGCCAGUGCUUCAGGUCUCCUCAUAUACCGUGCAGACCAGGUGCCACUGGACACCACUAAGAAUCCGUCAAGGCAGCUGGACACAGAGCUGCUGUUUGGAUCUUCUGUUGGGUCCUGGCUCAUGUCCUGGUGUAGCAUUGUGGCUGUGUUGGGUGCCACCACCAACCCGCCUUACCGCUGGACCAACCUUAUCUACUCUGUGCUUAUAGUGUUUGAGAAGUAUGUCCAGAACCUGUUCAUCAUAGAGUCUCUUUAUCGGCAGCAGGAAGAUGAAGAGACAGAAAAUGUGGAGUUACCACCUGCUCCAGAAAUCUUCUCUGUGAAAACAUCUUUGGCUCCACCAUACAAUGGCAUCAUUAAUCGAGCCUAUGAGACACCAGACAGGGCAUGUGUUGCUAUGGAGGAUGAGCAGGAGGUGGGUGGACAGGCAUACAGAUGCCCACGGAAACCAUCUGAGGUACCGCUGCCUGUGGGAGACAAUGUAGCAGAAACUACAAAUAUAAAGAGGAGAAUCCUGAAAAACAUUGCUGUGUUUCUAAUAAUGUGCAACAUUUCGCUGUGGAUCCUUCCUGCUUUUGGCUGCAGGCCGCAGUAUGACAAUGGACUGGAACAAGAGACAUUUGGCUUCAGCAUAUGGACCACAGUUCUCAAUUUUGCCAUUCCUCUGAACCUUUUUUAUCGUGUGCACUCAGUUGCUUCUCUGUUUGAGGUGUUCCGUCGUGUCUGACAAAUCAGCAGGUGACUGAUAACCCUGAAUAACAAGUACAUGAACUCUUGUCACUGCUGGGUUCGAAGACUUUCUCACAAUGCUGGUCAGCCGUUUAAGAGACAGUCUGAGUCCCACUCAAACUUAAAAGCACACGGCGAGGACCAACACAAUGUAGAUUCACCAGAGUAAGGAAUACAGUGGAAGAUAAAUCCAUUAGGUUACAUUCACUAAAGAAAUGCCUGGUAUGAAGCUUACAAGAACUUUUGGAUUGGUCAUUUGUACUUUUUGCUUUCUAGCCACAUUGCAGUAAGCUUUAAUCACUGAAGCAUCUUCUAAAAUGUAUCUGAUACAUUUUCUACCAGUGACAGCCAGCCUUGAACUAUUUCAUCAAAAUGGUGCAGUGUCCUCCACACGUGAUUGCCGAAUUCUGACAGUAGCUGUAACACUGAAAGAUGUACGGGCCUCAGACAACUAAUAAGGUAAUGGUAAUGCAGCUCACAGAAAGAGGAGUGCAGGAUUUGACCUCUUGACCAAAUCUUAUUUGUAUUUGAAAUGUGAGUUAUAAUUUUGGAUAAGGUUCUCAUUUAUUCCUCUAAGCAGUUGUUUAAUAAAUUGGUUGGGCUACUAGGCUGGUGGCAUGUCAGUCAGGCCCAUAAGUAUUUAGAUAGGAAUAUAAUUUUGCCUCUGUUCACCACCACAAUGGAGGAGAAAUGAAACAAUCAAUAUGUGCUUGUAAUGUAAACUUUAAUCUUUAAUUCAAGGAGCUUGCAUUUACCAAUUACGAAUUAGACAUUUUUAUAUGCAGUCUUUUUGUUUUCAGAGUUCAUGUAAUAGAAAAAGAGUAAAUAUAAGAAUUAUGUUUCUGACAAAUAAUCACUUCUAAAGGCAGCUUAUUUUAGAUGAGUCUGUAGAUGCAUACAUGAACAUUUCAAGUCACUGAAUAUGCUUUGGGCUUCAUUUACAUCAAUUACUCAAAUCAAAACAGAAUGGUAUCUGUCAGUCCCCUGACUUAUCAGAAGAAAAGUGGCUAUAAAAGUGAUUUAUAUUAAAACCAUCCAUACAUUUCCUUUGUCCAAUUACUUGUGGCCUCUGAAACUGGUGGGAGUAUAUAAAAAUUAGAGUCCGACCAAUAUAUAUAUUUUUUGAGUUCGAUGCAAUGGUGGUGAGUCAAACAUUUUUGAUACCGAUAUAACUCCUGAUGUUUAUAUUGAAAUGGCCACAGUUCCUAACAUUUUGUUGUCAGCUGGCAUGUUGCAUCACUCAAUGUUAGCAUUAAAAUAAAAAUCUCAUAUAUUUUGGUCCCACAGUGGCAUAGCGACCACUUGCCUCUUGUUGCUGGAAAAUGCCUACACUGAAUGAAAAUGAACGGCAGCUCAUCGCUUGGCCUCUGUCUGUUGUAGCUAAUAUGAUCCAGGGGUGAUGAGGGUUCCAGCCAUGCUUGACAGCAUUGUAAGCAAUGAUUCUGGUGGACAUCUGCAUCUGCAGUGAUGCAGUCGCUGUAUCGGACCGUCGUGGUGAAGAGAGAGCUGAGUAGGGGGGGAAAGCUCUCGAUUUAUCGAUCGA